AUGAAUAAGAUUUUCCUUAUCAGCUUGAUACUACUGGCAUGUUUCUCAAAGAAACAUAAAGCUAUAGAUGAAGAUAAUGCAUGUUUAAACGAAAAAUGUGGAGUUCAAAUUAAUGAAUGCUUUGAAGAUUAUGAAUGUUUUGAAGCUAUUUCUGAGUGUGCUCCUUAAGAUAACCCCACUGCGUAAUAAAUAAAGGAAGCGGAGGAUUGUGUUAAAAUAAAGAGUGAGGCAGCAGAAGAAUUAUUGGAAUGUGCAUAAAAGAAAUGUUCAAAGAAAGAGUUGAAUAAAAAGUAGAUGAAGAUGAUUAAGAAAUUUAUGAAAUUUGUGUGA